CUUCCUUCUUUGUGAAGUGAGAGGCAAGUACAAAGUUUUGACUAAUGGCACUAUGCCUCAGUUUAGAGCUUCUAGUUGGGCAACCUGGACAUGCAUCAGGCCCUAUACUACUGCCUAGGUUGUUUUUAGCCCUGCCCAUAGUGUAGUACAGAGUUUUGACCAAUGACACUAUGCCCUGGUUUACAGCCUCUAGUUGGGCCACCUGGACAUGCAUUAGGCCCUAUACUACUGCAUAGUUUGGAUCUAGCUCUGCCCAUAGUUUCGUACAGAGUUUUGACCAAUGGCACCAUGCCCCAAUUUGCAGCUUCUAGUUGGCCACCUGGACAUGUA